AUGACCUCGGACUGGGUUGGAAAUCGUUUAUUAUUAGUAUUCGGUCAGGCCCUCUACCAACUCGUUUUGGAUGAUUUCACAGAGACCUCGUCAUCGCUUGGGCCAAAGAAGUUGUUUAACCUCACUACCGGGGCGACGGACGCUAAACAGCUUACAUUCGAUCCGUUCAAAAACACCGCUUAUCUAUUGACGAAAAACGGGUCACUCUUCUCACUGAACCUCUCGAGAGGUCACGAAAGAAACUUGGCCUCGGCAGUACGCUGUCUGACUAAUCAAACAGUGACAUGGAUGACGACAGAAUUCGCUUGGAACAGACCCUCUUCUCCUAAAAUAUAUGCGCUCACAUGGAAUGGAUUGGUAGUGAUUGAUGUGGAAGAAAACAACAAGUGCAACGAAGUACGCAUUGAUUGGGAAAAAUUUGGAGAUCGAUCUUGUUUCAUAUUGCCAUCGUCAGCAGGAAUACAAUUCACUGUUGCAAAUAACGGUAAAACAGGAGCUGUCGUGGAAAUGUCGAAACCGCCCCCUCCAAACAUCUGCCACGGGAUAUCAUUACCGCAAACACGAUAUGAUGUUAGUUCCUUCAGCUGAAA